AUGACAAAGUUUCUCAUACCUCUCUUCAUUCUGUACUUUGUGUCUUUCAAUGCUAGAGCAGAGCAGAAUUACUCAGGAAAUUCAGCGCUCAACUGCUCCAUCAACGAUAAAAACGGGCCUUCCUCUGCUUUCCUUUAUACCUGUAAUGGCCUGAGCAAAUCUUGUCUUGCCUUCCUCAUGUUCAAGUCCCAACCUCCUUACAACACCGUCACCUCAAUUUCUAAUCUGACAUCAUCAGACUCAGAAAAGCUCGCAACAAUCAAUGAUGCUUCUAUGUUCACCGUGUUCCCAACUGGCAAAGAGGUAAUUGUCCCUGUAAACUGUUCCUGCAAAACCACGGACUAUUACCAGGCUGAUACCAAUUAUACCUUGUCCACAACCCAAACUUAUUUCGUAAUAGCAAAUGACACCUAUGAGGGAUUGGCCACUUGCGGUUCUCUCUUGCAUUACAAUCCAUAUGGGGCAUUAGAUUUGCAUGCUGGCAUGCAAUUACAUGUGCCUCUCCGAUGUGCCUGUCCAACUCGGUCUCAAAUCGCCAGUGGCAUCAAGUAUUUACUAACUUACCCGGUUGAUUGGGGUGAUAACGUAUCUUCUCUUGCUACAAGAUUCAAAGUGAGUUCAAGUUCUGUACUUGACGCUAAUACGAUUACCACACCCACUCUUUAUCCAUUCACAACUAUUCUGAUUCCCUUGCCCAGUGAACCUGAGAGCUCAACCACCAUAGUUCACCCUGGUCGACCACCGACCUUUUCUCCUCCUGUUUCCCCUAACAAAAAAACCAAGUCAAAAAGGAAACUUUAUGUUGCUGUUGCCGCCACAGGGGGGUUCGUGCUGGUUGUGUGCGUGGUUUUAUUUUCUGUGUUUCUAUUGAGGAAGAGAUCGGCGACUUUCGUCGAGGGAGGUCAAAUAAGGAAAACCAAAUUUAAGUCUUCGGAAGAAAUUCGUGAUGAGAUUGCAAGCAUUGAGCAUGUUUCUAAAGAGUACAAAUUUCAGGAGAUAAAGGAAGCGACCGAGAAUUUCAGUUCAAAGAAUAGAAUUGGUGGCUCUGUGUAUCGGGGAUUGUUUGGCCAGGAUAUCUUGGCUGUCAAGAAAAUGAGUACGGAUGCGUCAAAGGAAGUGAAUAUGCUGAAGAAGAUCAAUCACUUCAACGUCAUAAAGCUGCAAGGGUACUGUAAAAACGAAGGCUUCUUCUACCUUGUUUUCGAAUACAUGGAGAAUGGCUCUCUCAGAGAGUGGCUAGGAAAAAACGUACCAAUGGGGCAUCAAAGUUGGGCCAAGAGGAUCCAGAUCGCUCUGGAUAUUGCCAACGGACUUCAAUAUCUUCACGACUUCACAGAACCUUGUUAUGUUCACAAGGACAUCAACACUAGCAACAUUCUACUAAACAAGGACGCCAGGGCCAAGAUUGCAAAUUUUCGUCUUGCAAGAGAGUCGGAGGGGGAUAUAACGUUAACUUGCUCAUCACAGGCGGUGGGAACUAGAGGCCACAUGGCUCCAGAGUACCUAGAAGCAGGAUUGGUUAGUCCCAAAAUGGACGUGUACGCCUUUGGAGUUGUGUUACUGGAACUGAUCACAGGGAAAGAUUCUAUCAUUGUACAAGCUAGAAGUGAAGUAAUGCUUUCUACGGUCAUAGGAUCUGUCGUGGCAAAGGACGAUGCAGAAGCCGAUCUUAGUUCGUUCAUUGAUCCUAGCCUUCGGGGAAGCAGUGGGAAAGCAUGUGUCAUUGAGCUAGCUGAAAUAAGUGUGGCCUGCUUAGUCCAAGAACCAGCAAGGAGACCAAGCAUGGCAGACAUAGUUUCUAGCUUAUUAAGGAUACAGACGAAUGUGCCUCCAAGAAUAUCUCCCACCAUAAAUAGCAACAGUCCACGCAUGGGAAGGUAA